AUGAAAACGGUGCUACGUCUUCUUUUACUUCUCGUGGCCUUAUUGGUGCACCCCAGCUACCAGGGAGAUUAUAAUUCUCAGGGCCAAAAUGGACAAACAAUAAAGUAUAGCGUCAUCUACCUACGACCUCUAAAUAUAAAUUUAGGAAAUGACAAAGAAGCUGGUUACGGAGGAAUUGGCAGUAAAAAUCACGGAAAUGAUGGCGGAUUAAAAAGAGGAUACGUUGGUGGGAAAUACAUAGAUACCAGCAACGGAACCGGAAAUGUACACAGCGGGGUGACAGGAGGUGGUUAUACAAACACUGGUACUAAUGAAGAAAGUUCACUAGGUGGAGACCAUGGAAGUAGUAAUGUGGGAUUUAGAGAUGGUGAACAUGGAGCUAAUAUAGGCGAUUAUGGAAGCAACAACAAUGAAGGCGGAAAAGGAGGAUUUCAAAAUGAUAGGCACGAAGAUAAAGAAAGUGGUGGUUAUAGAAGAAGCAGUGAUGGGAAAUCAAUAUUUGUAGUUGGAGGGCAUAAAAAUAUUAAUGGGAGAUAUGGAACCUUUGGAGUAGGAGGAUCUGAAAGUAAAAGCCACAGAGGAAGUGGAAGUGGUUAUGAAAAUAAUUAUGGUGGGAAAGGAGGAUUUGCAAAUAGUAACCAGGGUGGUAAUGGUUAUAGAAGUACUGGGGAAUUUAUUAUUAAUAGUCACGGUGGUGAUCGUGGCAGCAACGAUAAUAAGAAAAAAGAACUUGGAUAUGGAAACCAUGGUAGAAGUGGUAAGGAUAAUCAAAAUAUUGGAGGGUCUGGAGGUCAUAUUCAAGGAGGAACUGGAAAUAUAAACAAUGAUAGUGGACAUCCAAGAUUUGGGUAUGGAAUCCAUGGAGGUAGUGAGGGUGCUUAUGGAAGAAGCAGCGGUGGAAAAUCAAGACUUACAGUUGGAGGGCAUAAACAUGCUAAUGGUGGAUAUGGAAGCUUUGAAGGAUUUGAAAGUGGAAGCCACGGAGAAAGUGGAAAUAGCUAUGAUAAUAGUGAUGCUGAUAAAGGAGUAUUUGAAAAUAGUAACCAGGGUGGUAGUGGUUAUGGAAAUAUUGGGGAAUCUAUAGUCAGUAGUUACGGACGAAGUGGUGGUGGUCACGGAAAUAAUGAUAAUAGAAAAAAAGAAUUUGGUUAUGGAAACCUCGGUAGGAGUAGUAAUAGUUAUCGAAAUACUGGAGGAUCUGGAGGUCAUAUUCAUGCAGGAACUGGAAUUGGUUAUAGAAACGGUGAUAGCAGACAAGAAGAGUUUAGUGCUGUAAGUCACCGAAGUACUAGCGGUGGAUAUGGAAGCAAAAAACGAUCUGGAAAUGGUAGUCACAGAGGAAGUGGAUAUAAUAAAGGAAGUAAUGCAAAAGAAGGUUAUAGUAAUGGUGAUCACGGUAAUAGUGGUUACGAUAGCACUAUAGGAACUGGAGGUAAUAGUUACGGAAAAAAUGGAGGUGACUAUAGGCCCAAUGAUAAUGGACAAAGGGGAUUUGAGCAUAGAAACAAAGGAAGAACUAAAGGUAGUUAUGGAACAGAUGAUAGUAGAAAAGACACCUUUAGAGGUGGAAGGCAUGGAUCUGGUAGUGGUAGUUAUGGAAACAGUGAAGGGGAACGAGCUGGUCUUAGAGGUAUAAAUCAUGGACUUAAUAAUGGUGGAUAUGGAAAUAGUGGUGUUGGUGGAAAAGGGAGGUUUAUAAGUGGCAACCACCGUAGUGGUUUUACAGUCAAUGGUAACAGAAAAGACAAAUUUGAUGGAGGACACUUCGGAGGAAGCGAAGAUAGUUAUGGAAAUUACAAUCAAAACAAAGGCGGAUUUGGAGUUGGAAACGAUGGACCUAGUAGUAAUGGAUAUGGAAUUAAUGAAGGGUCAAUAAGUGGUAGUCACAGAGGUAAUAGUGGUGGUUAUGAGUCAAAAGAGUUCAAAGAUGGAAGGCAUGGAAAUAGCAAAGGUGUUUAUGGAAGUACUAAUGGAUAUGGAGGUGGAAAUUACAGAGGUAGUGGAGGUGAUAUUGAAAACAGUAGUGGGAGAAACGGAGAAUUUAGGAGUAGAACACUUGGACAAAGUGGAGGUCGUUAUGGAAGCAGAGGUGGUGGAAACAAGGAAAUUACAAGUGAAAGCCAUGGAGAUAAUAGUGGUGGUUAUAAAAAUCAGGGUGGUCAACAAAAUAAAUUUAGAAGUGUAAGCCAUGGAAGUAACAAAGGACAGUAUGAUAAUAAUGGAGACGGAAUAGAAAGCUUCAGAGCUAACGGAAAUGAAUAUGGAGACAAGCAUGAAAGUAGUGAUAUUAUUAAAGGAGGCUUUGAACACCAGAGCCAUAGUAGCAGUAAUGGUGGAUAUGGAAACAAUGGUGGUUUUCGAGGUAACAAUCAUGGAAACAAGGGUGGAAGGGAUGAAGGAUUUCUCGAGAACAAAAACAGUGGCGAAUACAAUGACUUUAGUAGAAAUGGAAGAGGAAGAGUAAUCCCAAUCAUCAUUAUCCAACGAAGCAGUAGUAGUAGUACAGAUGGGAAGUCGAUCAACGCUCAGCUCAGUCCCAGUAACAGGAAAAGUGGGUAUAGUAGUGACGAUAGCAGUUUUAGUUAA